AUGAGUGACGUCUCCUCAAGCUUCGUCGAACUCAUGUACGAAGCCAACAAGCGCGGCAACCUCCCAGGCUGGCCUGAAACCCACAAGCUGCAGUCCUUUCGUUCUGAAUACAACUCUUGGGUCCGAAAUCACGGCAUGAGACUUGACUCGUGGACUCACAAUACUGCCCCAAACGAUCCGAACGAAGAUCGCAUCAAACGAUCUGCAAUCAGACUAGCACUUUCCACCCUGGUCUCCCAAGUCCAGCUGCUUAUGCAGGACUAUCGUGAUGGACCUGAGGUACACACGGCAGCUGGAGCGCAGGGUAAUGCGAGCAGUGUUGAGAGGAGCUUGACCACUCUUUCGAGGUGGACGUCUUGA